ACACGACGCAAUGAUGACGCACUUCCCUCCCGGAAGUAAAACAAACAUAUAGGGGGUAAACUACCUCGUUAGCCUCAAAAUGAGUUUGUUUUUGCCCAAAUUAACGUGCAAAAAAGAUAUCGAUGAAGUCAUUAAAGGGGUGGCAGAAAAAGUCGUGGUUUUACGGUUCGGCAGGGACGAUGACUCGGUGUGUCUGCAGCUCGACGAGAUUCUCUCUAAAACUUCCCACGACUUGAGUAACAUGGCGUCCAUUUAUAUCGUCGAUGUUGAUAAAGCUCCUAUUUACACGAGAUACUUCGACAUAAGCUACAUCCCCUCCACUGUCUUCUUCUUCAAUGGACAGCACAUGAAGGUCGAUUAUGGCUCUCCAGAUCACACCAAGUUCGUUGGCAGCUUCAAGACCAAGCAAGAUUUCAUGGACCUGAUUGAAGUGAUCUACAGAGGAGCCAUGCGGGGGAAAAUGAUCGUCCAGAGUCCUAUAGAUCCUCAAAAUAUUCCCAAAUAUGAUCUCCUCUACCACGGGAUUUAGAAUCUGUGACUUUAUUCAUUGUGUGAUGGGCAAGAUGCUCUGCAGAGUAGCACUGAUGGCUGCUGAAUGAGUAACAAGAGACAUUCAGACUUUGAACCACAAAGUAACUGUUUGAGGAAUACUAAAGUGCCUUAGAUUUAAAGACUGUUGCAUAUUUAUUCUUUUUUGUUGUUGUUGUUGUUGCAGAGAUCAGAUUACCAACAGUGUUUUUGCCUUUACUGUUUCUAUUCCUGACACUUUAAAGGUUCUUCGUUGUGCUUUUGACCAUUUUUGCUAAUGCUAUGGAGCACUAAUUCACUUAGACAGGGAGUGUGACAGUAAGGAAGAUUGCAGGUUAGUAAAAAUGGAUGUCAACAGAAGUGUUUUGCAAAUAUUUGAUGAUAUAGGAAAUGCAAACAUUAGGGAUGUAAAGAGGUUGACUGCAGGGUAGUCUUUGCCAGUGUUUAACAGUACUAUGUGGGAGGCUGGAAAAACUGAAACAAUUUCAAAUUUUACCUGUGUUAAAUAAUGGCAGGUGCACACUUGUAGUGGGAUUUGUCAAAUGGUUCAUAGUUUAAUAUGUUAACACUUAAAUAUCAUUUAAGUGUUGUUGUUUUUUUUCAUGCUAUCCUCACAUGUUUGAUAGGUGUGAGUUUUGCAACAGUUUUUUCUGAUUUUUAUCACUUUUCUCGUAAAAAUGUCUUGAACUGUGUUAGCGUUUCCUGUGGUAAACCAGUGUAUAUCAGCAGUGAAAUGCCACAUUUAUCCAGUGUACAUGCUCUGCUGUUAUAAUAAAAUUUCAACCAUCA